GUCAAUACAUUAAAUCAGACGCUGAUCCGUAGUGUCAUUCUUUGGACCAAGCCUGCACAUGCCCUCGAUGAGGGAAGAGUGAGGCAGACAGAUGGGGAUGCGAGAGAGAGAGGGAGGGAGAGAGAGAGAGGGAGAGAGAGACUGCCAGCCAUGUGUGUGACAUCACAUUUCCCCGCCGCUGCUCGCCUUGCAUCGCACAGCCAGCUCUUCUCACGUGCACCUUUCCUACUUUUCACCGAGGAGGUGCAGUUUUCCCACUCCGCCGCUGCCUCUCUAAAAGGGGGUUGGACGAAAGACAAAACUAAAAAAAAAGAAGAAAGGAAUUCCAGGAUGAACAACAGUUUCUUGAACAUGGCGUCGAUAGGCGACUUCGACCCACUCAACGCUACUCUCCCCGCCACCCGAGUUGAAAUCACGGUGUCUUGCAGAAACCUGCUGGACAGAGACACGUUCUCCAGUCAGACCCCAGUCUGCGUGCUCUACACACAGGGAAUCGGCAACAAGGAGUGGAGAGAGUUUGGGAGGACGGAGGUGAUCGACAACACACUAAAUCCAGACUUCGUGCGUAAAUUCAUUUUGGACUACUUCUUCGAGGAGCGUCAGAACCUCCGAUUUGACUUGUAUGAUGUCGACUCGAAGAGCGCUAACCUGUCAAAACACGAUUUUCUGGGCCAGGCCCAGUGUACUCUCGGGGAGGUGGUUGGGUCUUUGGGCAGCCGUUUGGAGAAAGCGCUGGGUGGUAUUCCGGGGAAAAAAUGCGGGACCAUUAUUGUGAAAGCCGAGGAGCUGAGCAAUUGCAGGGAAUCGGUGAUGAUGCAGUUCUGCGGAAACAAGUUGGACAAAAAGGACUUUUUUGGAAAGUCUGACCCCUUCCUGGUUUUCUACAGAAGCAACGAGGAUGGCACGUUUACCAUCUGCCACAAGACGGAGGUGGUGAAGAACACUUUGAACCCUGUGUGGCAGGCGUUUAAGAUCCCCGUCAGGGCGCUCUGCAAUGGAGACUAUGACAGAACAGUCAAGAUUGAGGUGUAUGACUGGGACAGAGAUGGAAGUCACGACUUCAUAGGGGAGUUCAGCACCAGCUACAGAGAACUUUCCAGAGGGCAGAGCCAGUUCAAUGUGUAUGAGGUUGUAAAUCCCAAGAAAAAAGGAAAGAAGAAAAAGUACCUCAACUCAGGAACGGUAACACUGUUGUCCUUCCUUGUGGAUAUUGAAGUCACCUUCCUGGACUACAUCAAGGGAGGGACCCAGAUCAACUUCACAGUGGCCAUUGAUUUCACAGCUUCGAACGGAAACCCAGCCCAUCCCAAUUCGCUCCAUUACAUGAGCCCCUAUCAGCUCAAUGCCUACGCCAUGGCCCUCAAGGCAGUGGGGGAGAUCAUCCAAGACUACGAUAGCGACAAGAUGUUCCCUGCCCUGGGCUUUGGAGCCAAGCUGCCCCCUGAUGGACGGGUUUCCCAUGAGUUCGCUUUGAACGGGAACCCUCAGAAUCCGUAUUGUGCAGGAAUAGAUGGCGUGAUGGAAGCCUACUAUCAGACUCUGAAGUCCGUUCACCUCUACGGACCAACCAACUUCUCACCCGUCAUCAACCACGUUGCCAGGUAUGCAGCAUCAGUGAAGGACGGCUCUCAGUACUUUGUGCUGCUCAUCAUCACGGAUGGCGUCAUCUCAGACAUGGCCCAGACCAAGGAGUCCAUCGUCAAUGCCUCCUGUCUGCCAAUGUCCAUCAUCAUUGUGGGGGUGGGACCUGCAGAGUUUGAUGCCAUGAUCGAGUUGGACGGCGAUGAAGUUAGAAUCUCAUCCAGAGGAAGAUAUGCUGAGAGGGACAUUGUUCAGUUUGUCCCGUUCAGGGACUACAUCGACCGGACGGGGAACCACAUCCUAAGCAUGGCGCGGCUGGCCAAAGACGUCCUGGCUGAGAUCCCCGACCAGUUUCUCUCCUACAUGCGGACCCGUGGGAUCAAGCCGUCACCAGCACCAGCACCACCCCCCUACACACCGCCGGGCCAACCCCUCCAAACCCAGAUCUGAGAAGAGAGUGGUUUGUGGGAUGGCGUCGGCCACUCUGACUCAAUCCGCAAAAUACUUCCAUUUCCAUGAAGCCCUCCGAGAUCGCUCAGACAGCAGCAGAUGAUGUAGGGUGGGUUGGGAUGCCACCAUGCCUCUUUUUUCUCUGGUUGCAUUCAGUAGAUCAGGCCAGCGGAUCAUGUAGAAAAGCCAGCAAGAGCCUGUUUACUUCCACAGUCAAGUACUCCUGCUACUGUCUGGAUUUUAUUUGUUGCGUUUGUCUGGUAAAACCUGGGAAGAUUUUGUGGAUACAGAGGCUGGAAAAAAA